GCGGUUUUUUCCCUUCAUAUCCUACAAUAACACAAUAACCACCAAUAGAUGGCAGAAAGGCGUAAAGAGUUGAUGACGGCUGCCACUAAACUCAAAAGAAGAAGAAAGCUGCCUGGUACUUCCGCUAAAAAUGGCGGCUCUCAGAGGACUGUGGAGGACGUGCAGUUUGCUGUCAUCUCAGAGCCCACUCUUUCUCACUGCUGUCCGAUCCCGGUGCUCUGUUAGCAGGCAGGUGCUUCCCCAGACCUCACUGUCCAGUCCGCCCUGGCCGCAGUUGAGGCCACUGCUCCCUGAGGAGCUCGAGGAGGAGAAGCGCCGACACGCUGCCGUCGUGAGCACCGUCAACCAGUUGAUCCAGGGGCAGGAUUUCGGACGACUAUUUGCCGUGGUCUUCUUCGCCGGACAUCAAUGGAAGGUCACCGUUGAGGAUCUGAUCAUCGUGGAGAACUACAUCAACGCAGAAUGUGGGGACCGGAUCCGGUUGGAGAAGGUCCUUCUGGCCGGCGCAGAUGACUUCACGUUGAUCGGCAGGCCACUGUUGGGAAAAGAACUAGUCCGAGUGGAGGCCACGGUGCUGGAAAAGACCGAAUCGUGUCCAAAAGUCGUGAUGCGAUUCUGGAGGAGAAAACGGUUUGAGCGUAAGAGGUUCGUCAUCCAGCCACAGACGGUGCUGAGAAUCAACAGCAUCGAGCUGGCGCCCGCACUGGAAGGAUAAUGAACUCUGCGUUAUUCCACACACAGACAAUGGGGCAUAUUCGUAAGGACUUGUCAUAAAUAUGUAAACACCGCGGGUUUCUUCAGUUCCGAUCAAUCGGAUCAUUGUAAAAAUAAAAAGUGACUGAAGUAUUGAUUAAAUUCUGUGCUAUCAAUCUCAACACAUGUUCAGUGUUUUUGAAAUGUGGUUAAAUGAAGGUUAUUGGUGUACUGGAGCCCAAGAUGCUGUUAUUUAUUAAGUUAUUUUACAUCAGCAAAGCAAGAAUCUACCAUGAAAAAGACUAAAGAAUAAAUAAUUUUAGCAAAAAAAGGCUGAAGCUAACUAGGAGAAUCAUUCCCCCAAACUUGGUCCUCAAGUCACUGGAUAAUUUGAACAGACUUCUCUGGUUUACUCUCCUGGUUUUCCAAUUCAACCAUUUGUCUGAUGUUUACAGAGAAAAUGGUAAACAAUGUCAGCCU